AUGAAAUCAAGACUGUUCUCAACCACCGCCAGUCUCAGAAAUAGCUUGAGAAACUCUACAACCACCACCUCCCCCACUCACACAAAAUCCUCAAACGUUAAACGCUAUGACACCACUUUGAUCAAACCUGUCCUGGUAGUCCUCUUCUUCGGUUCCGUCCUGUCCGCCGUCACAGACCAACAACGUAACGUCUCAGAACUGAAAAGAAGAUACAAUCUCAAACUAGACAUCUUGAACAACCUGUUGACAAGAAUAAAAGCACACAACGACUACAACUUCGACCUGGCCAAGGAACUCUUCUUGGUAGAUAAACUAUUCACAAGAUCAAACAAUUGGAACUCAAUCAUCGACAAGACUCCCUCCACAACCAAUGAUUACUCCUCGAAAACAAUAUUGGAUAGUCUGAAUGGCUCAACUAACACAGACCAAUCUUUGGAUGAUCUCUGGAAUUCAAUAAUAAAUGAAGUUAAUACUACAACCACAACCGCGGUCACAACCAGAGUCACAGCGGAACCAACUGUCGUUCAAUCUACUCCCCCAGUCACACCUCCAACGCAAACGCAACCUGAUGUCUCAACUAAAAUUUCAAAAUUUUUAUAA